UUACGCCAGAGGUGGGACCAACGCCUCCGCGCUCCGAGGGGCUUUCCCGCUUUCCUCUGCCUGGGUUUAAACCCGCUGCGUUUCCACGGACAGAUGCAGCGAGCUCUCGACUCCAGCCUGACCCGGGACCAGCGAACCGCAGCGCCGCCGAGAUGACCUUCGUGAGGUGGUUCUUCAGCUUGGCUAUUGCCCCUUUCGUUUAUGCAAGUGCAGAGGCCAGUGCAUCUGAAUAUACCUAUCAACAUGAAGGUCGAAUCUGUCGCCGUUGUCCUCCAGGGUUGUACAUGAAGACACGUUGCACGAGAAGCCACGAUACAAUUUGUGCACCAUGCUCAGCAAACCAUUAUACGCAGUACUGGAACUAUGUACAGAAGUGCCAAUAUUGCAAUAAUUUCUGCCAAGAAAAUCAAUACGUUAAGUCUGAAUGCAACCAAUUCCACAACAGAGUGUGCGAAUGCAAGGACGGAUACUUCUGGAAAUAUGAAUUUUGUAUGAAGCAGAAAGAAUGUCCCCAGGGAUUCGGAGUUACAGCUCCAGGUACUCCACAAGAAGAUACCGUUUGUACAAAGUGUCGUCCUGGUUUCUUCUCCUCCGUGAGUUCUGCCACGAUGCAAUGUAAGAGGCACACCAACUGCACCAAGCUGGGCUUGGAGCUGGAUAUAGUUGGCACCACGUGGCACGACAACUUGUGCAGCCCCUGCCAGCCCUCUGGCACUAAAGAGGGUAUUUCAGAGUGCGAAGAAGCCCUGUUUAAUUUUGUCGAUCGACAAAAUAUCAGGCAAAAGAAAAUGUUGCAACUUGGAAAAGCAUUAACCAUCUUGACUGAAGAUGAUGUGGUACAAAUAAAGAAUGGCAAGCAACAGACUAGGCUGCUACUUAACGUCGGGAAGAUGAAGAGGGAUGUGAGCAUUUCUGCAGAAGACUUCGUGAAAGCUCUGAGAGAAAUUAAGCUAAAAAAAAUUGCAAAAAAAGUGAUUCACAAGUUCCUCAAAAAAAACGAUGAACUCACGGACAGGUGUGGUGAGGCAAAAAAUUACAGGAUAGUAGUAGAAGGGAAAUAGAGAAUGAAUUGUUUAAAAAUCUCGAUAUCUUUCAAAGUCGUCCUUGUUUUACUUUCCCCAACACCUUAGACUAGGCGACCAUUUCAUCGAACACUUGUGCUCCAUCUGCCAAGUCAUGCUGAAACUCCUGGUUGCUCGCCAUUUUAACUCCCCUUCCUAUUCCCAUAUUGACCUUUCUUUCCUUGGCCUCCUCCAUUGCCAGAGUGAGGCCACACCAAAACGGGAGGAACAGCGUGUCAUAUUCCACUUCCAUACCUCACAAGCCAACAGUAUUAACAUUGAGUUCUCCAAUUUUAAGUAACACCCCAGUCACCCUGCUCCUUUCCCCUCCUUCGUGCUCUCGUCGCCCAUCCCCGCGCCCAUUUAAUUAACUUAAGCAGAGGGCUAAAAUAUCACUACAGUGCAAUUGGCUGUUCAGUCCAGGAAACCACCAAAUAGAAUAAUGUAUGACUUGUCCAAUUCUAUUGGACAGAGCAACUUUAUUUUUUACAAUCUUACUUUUAAACAGUAUCAGUUAGGAUAUAGAAAAUUACAUUUCUCGAGGGUUGAAUAGAAGAAUGUUACACGAUAGAUUUUCAUCAAAUUUGAAGACCAUUAUUGUAAACCAUUGAUCUGAUCUGAAAUAAAGUGACCAUAUAAAUAGCAAUAAGGCAAAUGCCCAGAUCAAUUUCAGGCAAUGUAAAGUAUUCGCUAAUAUUCAUUUGAUUCUUAAAAACUUGGUUUCUGUACAAAUCUGACAUUAGGUUUUUAUUGAGUAGACGUUAGGCUCCCAGUUGCUCAGGCAGUCACCCCAAGGAUAACAAUCAGGACUGCAGCAUAUGGUAUGUUCGUAUCCAAAGACCUACAGGUUUGCAGGUUAAUUGACUUGGUAUAAAUGUAAAGUUGUCCCGAGUGUGUGUAGGGUAGUGUUAAUGUGUGGGGAUUGCUGGUUGGUGUGGAUACGAUGGGCCAAAGGGCCUGUUUUGCACAGUAUUACUAAACUAAACUAAGCAUCGGUAGUGAUUGUCUGGCAAUUUCCAAUCCUAGUACUUCAGCGACAUUAUUUAGGCAGCCACAUCUGAUAUAAAUACAGAAUAAUUGCCUGAUCUACUAACAUUCGUGCACUACAAAAAGAUAGGUGCUGAUAUUUCCCACCUGCUUUAAAGUAAAGAGAAACAAAUUAUUAGUAAAUACAAGCACAGUCAGAGGGCGUUCAAAGCUUCUCAGAAUUCACACCACUCAUACAUCCCACAGCUCCAAACCCCACCUAUCUUCACCAAUGCCUCUCCAUACUAUUCAUCCCUCCUUGGCUAAAUGAGUGGAUGACCAAACUAUUCCUGCACUGGCAUUAUAGAAUGCAGAAGUGUUGCGAACACUCCCGACAAUGUAGGUUUAAGGUGAAGGGGAAAAGAUUUAAUAGGAACCUGAGGGUAACCUUUUCACACAAAAAAUGGUGGUGGGUGUAUAGAAACGAACUGCCGGAGGAGGUAGUUGU